CGUCACUGGAAGGGGUCACAUCACCUGCACUUUCAGUGCUUCAAGAAUUAAAGUCAAGCUUACAAACUCUUGGAAAAGAUACCGACAGGUUCUCUAUCACUCGCAAUGGCUUUAUCCUGAAAGUUGAAGAGAAAGGACUCUUUGACGAGGAUGCUUUCUUUGAAAGGGCUCGUUCCUACUUCGUGAAUGGAACUGAACGUCUCUCCUCUGUUGGGGACGAACAGACUAACUUCAAGAAUCUUCUUUUCAUGAAACAUUCCGAAGAAAAUAAAGUAGCAACUUUCAGCGACGAUGGACAGCAUUAUAUGGCCAUCUUGGAUGUCAGUCGCUGCACAAAUAACACACAGCUCUACAUUCAGGUUGUGGAAGGAAAGGAAAUAUUAAUGCAAUAUCCUCAGUUAAAUGAGGGUGAAUCAGAGAAUGUGGAAUACUUUUCUAUGACAUUCAAUCUGCCUUGUGGCAUCGAUUUGGACUCAGGUGUUUGUGGAAUUUCUUCUGAUGGCAUUCUCUUCAUCACAUUCUCUAAAAUGAAUUUGGAAAGCAAUGAAACAAUGUCCUGGAAUAAGAACGAUGCGACGACACAAAGUUGGUGUUCUCUAAAUGGAAUUCCACUAAACAAAGGAAACUUUCUCCAGAAAGGAGGUUUUAUCUCAGGUGCAGAGAAAUGUGAAGCAUCAACACGAGAAUCUUUUGGAAGAUCCACAACUUCCUCAGGUGUUUAUAACUUGAAAGAGCAGAGCAACAGCAACAUCAAACUUCUACCAAUCACUAGAAAGGGAAAUUUCUUCCAGGAUUCUUUCUUUCAAGAGGUUCAGCACCUUUUCCAGAAGGCCAUAAAAAAGGUUAUCAAGAACUGCACUGAUCAAGAGACAUGCAGACAUGCAAGUGACAUCAAGACCUACAAAUGCUUGUGCAAGCAGAACCCUACUUUGCAAAAUCAGGCUUUCCAUGUUGAAGACGACCACAUCAGCUGUCAGAUAUUACUGGACGUCGAAAACGUAACUGAAGAAUCGACGACAGUUUACGUGACCGAAGAGAAGGACCUUGUCAUCGAGGGCCACCUGAAGGAGGAGGAGGAGGGGGAGGAGGAGGAGGAAUCCUCCCCUCAACUCAGGACCUGCAGGCGAUGCUUCUCUCUUCCCUCCAAUGUGGACUUCAGCGAAGGAACGGCUGCUCUGUCUUCGGACGGAAUACUUUACGUCGUUUUUAAGAACCCCAAAAAACAAAUGGACGAUCAGCAAUAG